CCCAAAUAUACCAUCACUUCCUCCUCACAUAAAACUCAUAAUCCACCCAAAAUGCCCAAACGAACCACCACCACUACCACCCCCUCUACCUCCCACAACCCCAAACCUAGCCGCACCCGCACCCGCACACGCGCCACGAUGCCCCUAAAAACCUACCUCCUCGCCCUCCUCUUCACCCCCUUCGCCCUCGCAACCACGACCACCACAACAACCGAACCACUCACCCCAAACCCCAACCCCAUCGCCCCGCGCGCCCCCGCAUCCAGCGGCCUCCUCUCCGAGCUCCCCACCAUCUUCCAAGGCGCGACCGAGCUCCUCAGCCCGGAGACGGUCGACAAGCUCGAGACGAUCGUCAGCGGCGGCGCGGUGCUGCUCGGCGGCGAGACGCCGCAGAACCUGCAGCGGCUGCUGUCCGGGCCCAACAUCGACAAGCUGCAGCGCAUCCUCGACAAUGCGGACCGCCUGCUGACGCCGGGGUUCGUGAACGAGACGACGCAGCUGAUUGACAUGGCGAAUCCGCUGGUUUCGGAUGUAGGGAAGAUUAUGAAUGCGUUGAUUGGGAGUUCGUGA